AUGCCUUCGGGAAAGUUCCCUCUCGGGGUGUCUGGGCCGAGGCUCGUUUCGCCAGAGCUGACGCGAGACGUUCUUUCGAAGCGGUUGACCCUCGUUCGUCGUCCGUUUCGCUGUCCCCGAGCGCGUGUUUUUCGUUCCGAAGCGGCAAGAGGCGUGGAACUUGCCAAGGAACCUCCGACGCGGAGCUUGCAUCCACUGGAAUCCUUCGUUCCCCCCGGAUCUCGUAGAUUCGGCCACGGGGCAAGUCCUGACCUCCCGCGUCCGUGGGAGGCUCCCCUGUGGGAAACCGGACCCAAAACACGCAUCGGGCGACCCGAACGAUGCAUGUGCCCAGUAGAAGACGAAUCGGGAGCGACUUGGUGUGUCGCCUCCGCGGCGAGGCCCGCGUUUAGAAACACUCCACGCGGCUUUUCCUCGCGCCACUCGGCUGUGCAGACCCGAUCUUAUUCGCAGCUCGGUGCUCCACUGGUUGCGCCGGCGGCAGCGUCCACCCCUGGAGCCUACGCGCGAAUAUGCCCACCGUUUACGGUGCCUUUUGCGUCUCGAGAAGAGGAGAAGAAAGUGUUGAUGACUUUGCACGCUGUCCAGCAGUAUACCGACGAGACGAAACUCUCGCUCAAGGUCUUUCACCUCCAGGAGGUUGCGCGAACCAGCAUGACGUUCAGUCAACUGAGCCUCGACGAGCGAUUCCUCGCCCUGCUGCGCGGCAUCCACGCGAGCGCCAAAGACCUUUCUCCUGCCCAGCUCCAGGCUCUUGCUGUGUCCUGCCGAGAACUGAAACUGAACGGCACUGACAUCAUGUGGAAGACGGUCGCCCGACACAUUGUUCGGCUCACAAAAAGUCCAUCGGCGCCGGUCAGCGGGAUCACCUUCAGCCAGGUGGCCCACGCGAUGUCGUGCUUCGCCAGCAGGAAGGCUGAAGUGCACAGACACCUGAGGCACAUGCUAAAGUACAUCCUCCAGGGAUCCCGCAGGCUCAACGAGCGAGACAUCAUCUGCGUCCUUUACACCCUCCGAAGGUACAACUGCAAUACCACGGAGUCAGACGGACGAUCCGAUUGGCCAUACCUCCGUUGCCUUCGCCUAUGCGCGUCCAUUGUGGAAAGCCGCCUUGCGGAAUUUCAUCCCCGUUAUCUGGUGUACAUCAUCUAUGAGUGCGCGCUCAUUGGCGUCGUACCAUGGCGCUUGGUUUACCGGUCAAACAACUUAAUCAAGCAAUCUGUUCAUCGCCUGUCGGACAAGGAGUUGGCCCUCUACGUUCUGGCCUCGUCGAAGUAUUGUCUUUUAGACACGCAGUUACUCAAGCGCAUCGGCCGACGACUAAGCGACGAUCGGAUGAGCUUUCAGUUUUCCAACGCCAGCUUAUCGAUGCUGUUGUACGGCUUCGCUUCACUGAAUUUCCGUGAAAAAAAGCUAAUACAGCUGUGUUGCGACAGGAUCCAGAAGGCUGCCUGUACCCUGGAGGAGAUCACGGUCGCGCAACUGGCUUACGCGCUGGGCAGGCUUGGCGUGCGCGAGGAAGCGACAUGGAGAGCCCUGGCAAAAGCGGCAACGGAUCGCAUGGACUGUAUGUCACCCGCGGAAAUUUCUAGCAUCGUGCAUGCGGCCGGCAAAGUUGGAUUUGCCGACGAACGUCUUUUCGCCGCUGUGGUCGAGCACGCGACAAAGCUGCAGGUUGCAUUCAAUGCGCAGCAACUACUGAAUCUCUUGGAUGGCCUUGCGCUCUCGGGUUUUUUCCACCAGCACCUGUACCAAACUCUGCUUGACAAUUUUCUUCAAAGCGGUGGAGAGGACGACAUCCGAGGCAUCAAUCAGCUACGCCGUCUGAUGUUCACAAUUUUGUUAGAGGCAUAUCAUCCCGAGCUAAAAGCGUGCAUGCAAGAGAUGGGUUUUGACGCACAAGUGCUAGGAUCCAAAGGCGCCUACACGUUCGACGCGAAGUUCACGAUCAGCCCGAACGCUGGAAGUCCGAAAAAGACCAAUGUCGCGAUGGACCUCCUCAGUGAAGGCAACUACUGCCCCAUCAGUGGAGAAUUACUGGGUAUGGCGAGACUGAAGAGGCGGCACAUGAAUAUUCUGGGUUGGAACUACGUUGGUGUGCGACGGAAGGCCUGGCUCAAGCUUCGCACAAGGGAAGAAAGGUGUGGAGCACUUCGUGACGCCAUUGCCACUCAAGUUCUUUGUGAGAGGUCGCCAGAUUGGAAGGAGCCAUCGAGUGCCGGGCGAUGA